AUUACAGAGAUUUUCUAUUUUUCCCAGACUAGUGUGUGUUCAGUCUUAUUUAUUUAUUUACUUUGUUUCUCUCAAUAUCACACCUCUCCUUUGAUCGUCUGAAUCUCUCUCUCUCUCGUCGUUCCCUCUAAAUUCCUUGUAUCUGUGCACCGGGACGAGAAUUUCCCACACAAACGAUGUCUGCGAACCAGGAGGAAGACAAGAAGCCAGGUGACGGAGGAGCUCACAUCAAUCUCAAGGUCAAGGGACAGGAUGGAAACGAGGUCUUCUUCAGGAUCAAGAGAAGCACUCAGCUGAAGAAGCUGAUGAAUGCUUACUGUGACAGGCAAUCCGUGGACAUGAACUCUAUCGCUUUCUUGUUUGAUGGACGUCGUCUUCGUGCUGAGCAAACCCCCGAUGAGCUUGACAUGGAGGAUGGUGAUGAGAUCGAUGCAAUGCUCCAUCAGACUGGUGGUGGUGGUGGUACUGGUGGUGCUAUGGCUUGACACUUCCUCCGUGUUUAGGACUGUGUGAUAUGGAAUGGUUUAAGGAGGAAUCGGCAUUAUUAGGAUUUGCAGACUUGUUUUUUUCUUUUCUUUUUUUCUUAUCGUGGCCAUUAUUAUCUUUAGAAACUAUAAAAAUUUAUGGUCAUGAAUGUUAAAGAACCCAUUCGGUUGGUUUUUUGGUCUUGUCCGUUUGUUGUUAUUGGAUCCUAUGUUACUCUACUUUGGGCUUAAACGUGUUAUUAACCCGAUUAUCUAUAA